UGGAAAAAGGGGAAGCGGCUGGCGGAGCGGUGCUGUGCGGUGCGGUGCGGUGCUAUGGACCCCAGGGACAAUGUCGAGACGGGGGAGACGGAAAACCACCUGGACGGCUUCUACCUGCCCAUUCCAGACGAAGCACCGUGCAAGAAGGAGCAGGAGAAGCUGUCCGGAGUCGUCAAAAACGUCCACAGAAAACUGCGCAGGAAAUACAGAGAGGUGGGAGACUUUGAAAAGAUCUGGCGUGAGCACUGCGAGGAUGAGCAGACGCUGAGCGAGUACGCCCUCGCCAUGAAGAAUCUUGCCGACAACCAUUGGACCAAAAGCUGUGAAGGAGAGGGCCGCAUCGAGUGGUGUCGCAGUGUCUGUCAGGAAUAUUUUUUGGAUGGCGGAAUGAAACGAAUGUUAGAAAAGGACCAGAAAAGUGCCAUGCUCUCCAGCGGCCUGCCUGCAGCGUCGGUCAGCGCCCAGCCGUACAGCACCAUCCCCAGUUCAAUCUCUCAGUUGGGCAAAAUGCGCCUCCUGGAUGUGGGAAGCUGCUUCAACCCUUUCCUAAAGUUUGAUGAAUUCCUGACAGUCGGUAUCGACAUAGUGCCUGCUGUCGAGAGUGUGUACAAGUGUGACUUCCUCAACCUCCAGCUGCAGCAGCCUCUCCAGCUGGCCGGCGACGCGGUGGACGCCUUCCUCCGACACCUGCACAACCCCAUCGACGCCCUGCCCGCCCAGCUGUUCCACGUGGUGGUCUUCUCCCUGCUCCUCUCGUACUUCCCCUCACCCUACCAGCGCUGGAUCUGCUGCAAGAAGGCCCACGAGCUGCUGGAGCUGCACGGGCUGCUGCUCAUCAUCACGCCCGACUCCUCCCACCAGAACCGCCACGCGCUCAUGAUGCGCAGCUGGCGCGUGGCGGUGGAGUCGCUGGGCUUCAAGCGCUACAAGUACGUCAAGUACUCCCACAUGCAUCUCAUCGCCUUCCGUAAGGUGUCUCUGGCCACCACCAGCGACCUGGUGUCACGCAACUACCCGGAGAUGCUCUACAUCCCUCAGGACUUCAACUCCAACGAGGAGGAGGACUGCGCCGACAUGCCGGUGCACAUGCGCUCCGAUUUUGAGGACGACCAGCUGGCUUGGGGCUUCACGGAGCUGCCGGACACGCCGUACGAUUCCGAUUCUGGGGAGAGCCAGAGCGGCUCGGUGCCUGGCUUCCACGAGCUGGAAGACCCCAUCCUGCUUCAGAGCUAGGUCAAAACCAGCAACGAGCCCCGCCCCCUCCCCCCGACCUCUCCUCGACCUGUCGGCUCCCCUUCGAUUGCUGCGCUGCCAAACUUAACCUGCUGCAUUCUCCUCCCACUUCUCCCCCCCUCUCCUCCAAACAAUGCAGUUUGCACAGCGUGAAAGAGAGAAGUUUACAGAUUAUUUUCUCAUAUCCACGCUCCUCCGAGAGUACAUACGCAAACACAAAUACAUGCACAUACACACCGACACACACACUAAGAUUGAUAUAUUUUGAUAAAUAGCUAGGUUUUUUAAAAGUUGGAAAUCGAAUGCCCUUAAGAUAUCUGAACUUCCCCCCCGCCCCUCCUCGAUUUCCACCCCCAUCAUCCAAUCAGCUCUCGAUUAGAAAAGUCGUCACGUCUGCGUUCUGUAACUCGGUCUCUGUUUGAAUAAGCUAGUGUCGCAGGCUGCUUCCUACACAAAGCCAAAUACAGCAAAGCGAGCAGUCUGUCAGGAGUUUGAUUGCACUGGAGAGGCUGAGAAGGAUCGACUGGACUGGUACGCUCGCUUCUGUCACAGUCAUGCAGCUAAACUUUCUGAGAAAUCUCGAUGUGCAUUUAGUUUUCCAAGACGAAAAACAAAUAGAAGCUCUUCAUUUUGAAGCAUAUACUCCGAGUCUGACGUUGGUGUUGUCCAGUAUAAAGUGUGGCAAUGCCGUUUUAACUUGGGAUCGAAUGACUUGUAUAUCUUUUACAGGAAAGUGGUAUUUGUAGCAUUUUAAACAUUUUCAGAACCAUACUGUAGGAGUAUUACUAGGUUUACUAAUGUGAAAAAGUAACUGUUUACUUAUUGUGUAACAAGGUACGAGUGCAAAAUAGGUAUUCCACAUUUUUUUCCUCCUGUUGUUGUGCACUUAGAUAUAAAUUCUGAUUAGUCUUCUGUUAGACUUCACAUUUUUUUCUGAAGCAAAAAAAAAAAGUCAAGACACUGCUCGUCAGUGACAUGCGAUGGACGUUACAUCACCAGUGUCCAUGCACACAACCUUAUAGACAAUGUGAAGUCCCGCUAAGUACUUUGCCGCCACACACACAAUAAAAUCCAGACCUGAGCCCCUUCAAGUUGGAAAACUCACGACUGAAGAGAUUUGCACUAAUUAACGGUUUUGUCCUAAAUAUACUACAGGUGGAGGUUUUCGGUGAGGGCACGACCCGGUGAGAUGUGAGUGUGUGUGUUCCCAUGUCUGAACAGGCUGAAUGUUAGGGUGUGAUUUGAUGUGAUUUUUUUUUUCCUCUUUUUUAUACUGUAUGAUUGAUCCUAAAGGGUGUCACACAAAAAAAAUGCAAUUGUUUCACAGUUUUACAGCCAAUAUGAUGGGGUCGACAGGAUGAAAAAAAAAAAAAGUAUAAGGUGCCUUCUUCGCUCAGUACGGUCGCACUCUUGGACAUAAUUAAAUCCCCAGUCUUGUUCAAUAAAGAUUUUAAGGCCAAACAAAUCCACACAAACUACAAGAAAUGUCUCCAGUGUUGGUGUAAUGCAGUGUGUCAUUUCCGUUUUCAUAUCAUUUUCAAGUUUGUGCACAAUCCUCUACUGAUAUUUCCUGUUAGACAAGAAAGAAAAAAAAAUUCACAUACCACACAUACGACUCCGAAGAAACAGUUUUCAUGAUUUGUCUUCCAGUGUUUUCUUUCUGCUCAUUUGCAUGAGAUGGUUCAUCUUCAUCAUCAGCAUUUUCAACAAUGCAGAACAAUGUGUGCUUUUAGUAUGGUUGUAUUUCUCUUUUAUAAAUGAAUGUAAAUUAAGA